UCAUGGAAACAGCGAAAGUGAACCUACUUGUGAAUUUGUGUUUCGCUUUUGACUGUAGCUGCCACCGCUCUCCGCAGCGGCCAUUUCACCCUGCUGCUGAUCUGCGGAAGAAGAGUUGGAUGUGUCACAGCUGCGUCCCACGCUGAUACAACUGCUGUACUUGAGCUGAGAUGUAAAGUCACUUCCUUCAGUGUGCUCAGGCUCCAUCUCCUGCGAUCAUCCGCGAUAAUUCAACCACACGGAGCAGACAGAAAUUAACCAGAAACUCGUCAUCGCGAAGUGAUCACUGGGCUGAUCAGCCUUAAGGAGGCUGGAUGCAGAUUGAGAGUUUGCUGAAGGCUGCAGAUCACUGUCACAUUAUCUGCUCUGACUGCAGCGACAACAGGAAACCAGAGAAAGAGCGGCACUGACAGAACUGAAACCUGCGUCCAUGAAGCUUCGACUCCACCAUGUUCCCUGACUGUCUGUGAACUGAGGCGAUGGACAGCCCGUCGCCCACAGAGAGGCGGCAAGCCUGGAUCAACAGCUGCCGACGCUCGCCCACUCUGGAGGAGCAGAUGUGCAGCCUCCGCUCGGCCUCUAUAGCUGACGAUGAUGUCUUUUCUGACGGAUGCUACACAGAAAAGAUUGAGAGCUGGUUCCUGGGUUGUGGGUCAGAGGCCUGCUCGGAAAAGACGGGUCAGCUGAGUUUAGAGUCUGCACUGAAAGUCGGCAACUUCGACGAUGAGCUGAGUCUUGGUGCUGAUGCUUCUUUGUUCGGUGGCGGAGAGAUUACAACUCCAGCUGGUUUCGUACAGCAUCCUUUCUCCAAUGAAGGUCUUAGCACACUCACCAGUACGCCUCGUCAGGGACUAUAUCUGCCGUCACUGAGCUUGGGCCACAGCAUGGCCUCCAGCUGCCUCUCCUCCUCCACCUGUAAAACUACAUCAAGUAUAUCGGAGGUCCUGCAGAUGUGUUCAGAGGAUGCAGAGGAGACGCUUUACGAGCUGGGUUUCGGCUGCGAUGAGCCGCAGGUCACUGUCCGCAUCCCUCCUCGCUUCUUCACCUUCCCCUCUAUGACUCAGGGCAUCAACUUCCGCCUCUUCCUGGACUCGCAGAUACGCCGGAUACGAGAGGAAGACCCCAGCCUCUCUCUUGCUAGUCGUUUCAGACAAGUGCAAGUUCUCACAGCAAUGGCCAACGCUUUCUACUCCCUCUACUCUCACGUGUCCCGCACUCCUCUACAGAAACUGGCCACACCAGAGUUCACCUUCUCCUCGUCUCCCGUGGAGAGGUUCGAACGGUUCAGGGGCAGCGUUCGCAGCGAGCCACGCUCUCCGGUGGAGAGACUGAAGGACACCGUCUCCAAGAUGUGUCUCUACACAGGCUCUCCUCGCGGCUCAGACUCCACCUCUCCGCAGCCCUCACCCAGCAAAAGGUCCAGCCUUCCUGAUGUUGUGGAUGUAGUCCUGGACAAAGUCAAGACUGGGGCAACCAAGAAACUGGAAAUGGGGGAAUAUAAUAUGAGUAAUUCAGCCGUGGAUGACAGGCUAAUAAUGGAUGGUGAUAAAUUGUGUAACAGUGGGAGAGGGGAGCAAACACAGCAGGCUGUAGCGGACACAGACAUUCUUCGAAGCGGAGAUAAGAUCUGUCAGGAGAUGCAGGGCAGCAAACAGACUGAAAAUGUUGAUGCAGAUGAAAAAGCUGUCAAACCAGCAGACCUUGAAGGCAGGACUGAGAGUAUAAGAACAUCUCUAGCAUCAUCAUUGUCAGGAGAAACUGUGAUAGAAACAGAUCGUCAGUGUCUAUCAACUCACUGUGACGCAAAGAAUGCUGAUCUGAAACCAGCUGCCAAGGUUACGUAUGAUGUAAUCUCCCCGCAGAUAGUCGAGAGUGUACACCAGGCGCCCUUCUGCUGUCAACACACACAUUGUCCAAAAGCAAAAGAUUUACCCCGUAUCUCCCCAGAAACAGAGAGCAUAGAUAGAUCACACCCUGGAUCUCAUGAACCUGAAACACAAACCCCUAUCUCUGAGCCUGAUGGCAGGCAGCUGGAUGCAUCUAGACCACUUCCUGUCCUGGCCCCCAGUGGUAGCUACACCCAGUGCUGCAUCACUGUGACCGGCUGGGAUGGGAAGGACGUCUCUUCCUGUCACUCCAACACACCAGGUUCAGGUCUUACUUCAGUUGUCACACCUGUCCAGACGUGUGAGGAGUCAUUCAUCGAGGGGAAAAGACGAUACCUGAAUCCACUGAUACAUCGGGGCCUGGGGCACGACUCCAACAACCUGCAACAGGUUAACUCCUUUGAGCUGGAGGAGGUCCAUAGUGCAGGAGAGGAAGAUUUUGGAACAACAACCUCCCCAUUGUCCAGAAAACGUCAAUACAAAGGUGAGAUGGCUCGGGGCGACAGCGUGCAGUCAGACAGCAGCGGCUACGCAGAAGAAGAAGUCAGCCCCGCGUCAAACAUGACGAGCAGAUGACAGAAAAUGUAAACAACAUUGAAAUUUGUUCUCGACUGUGAACUUUU